CUCCUGUGAUAGACUCCCAUGCUCUAUGCAUUCUUACAUUAUCCGUGGCUAACAUAUUUACCCAUGAUAUUAUCUGUCGCACAAUGAACGCACAAUGUACAUCUAUGUUAUCACUGAACGUUGUUAUUUGUUAAGAGAAGUUUAAAAUUUCAAAAAUAAAAAUAUAUAUUGUUAUUAUAAUUUAAAUUACAGUUGUCCGGUUUUUUUUUCCUUUUACAAACAUCAUGUUUCAUAAUUUAGAGAUGGGGAAGUCUAAUAUAUUUAAAUCCGUAUCAUUGACUAACACUGUGACAUGUGUUAAGUUUAUUGACAAUUUUUUAUUAGCUGGUAAGACGUUUUUUCUAACUGUUUUAUGUACUAUUUCUUUUGGAGUUUUAGAUAGUUUCAGAUCAAUAUUUUUACUGUUUCUAAUGAUGUAUAAAAUAAUUCACGUGAUGUGGGCCAGGCCAAUCGCGGAUGUUUUUAAUCACAAUAUCCUUUCUACAAAUUAUUUUCAUUGGAAGUAUAAGUUACAGUAAUCUAUAUAUUUGAAUAUUUCUCAAUAUUUUAUCCAGAUAUUCUAUGUUCCGAGCAGUAGCCUAGUUAUAAUUUUUUUCUAGGUAGAUUUCAUAGGUAUAUUAUAUUCGGAAAGUUUUCCAAUUAAUAUUAUGAUAUUGUCUUGUUAUUGAAAUAAAAAAAUCUUAAUCUGUUUCAUCAUAAAUAACAUUAUAGGUACAUAAAAUGAAAUCACAAAUAUCAAAUAGAGAAUAGUAGUAAAGAUCAUAGACAUAAUAUUAUUAAAAAAAAUACAUAUUAAAAAUAUAAGAAUAAUUUGUGAUAUUUUAAAUUUACCUACCAGUAAUUCUUUUAAGUCCCUUCAAGUUAGACACAAUACCUAUGGUUGGCAUAUUUAGUAUUUGUUGAUGCAGCCACAUUUUGCUUUGAUGUUUCUGGUAAUGUCCAAAUUUCAGCUUUACUAACUUAUUGUUUAAUAACUAGGCAUUGGUAAUAUUUUGCUGAUCUAUGACAUAGAAUCUAGGCAGUUAUGUGGACGUAGAAAAAUCUUUGAUAGAUCUACAAUUCACGGUAUUCAGUUUGAUUCUAGAGAAACAUUGGCAUUGAUACACGGAGAAACAAAUGUAGCAGUAUAUAAAAUGAACAUCCAGAUUGGUUUCCAGUAAUUAACAUACUGGUAUUUAAUUACUUUUAUACAUGUUUUAUAAUUUAAUUUAAUUUUCUAGUUUACAGUUUGACUGUGUUUUAAUAACUACGGAUUGGGUUUGUCAUGUUCUCUGGGUGAAUCCUAAUUCAUUUUUAACAUUAUCUGCUCAUAAUAAGGCAACAUUAUGGAGCUGUGAUCAUAAAAUAGAAGUAAAUUCUUCACAAUGUGAUGAAAAGUGCAUAUUGUAUCCUUUAUAUUGAGUAAUUAAUUUUACAACAUUUUAUAUUUAUUAAACAAAAAUUAAAUAUUGUACAUUUCAAAAUAUAAUAAAACAGUUUUUGUAAUAAAUAUAUUACAGAAUAGGGAACUUUUAAUUAUAUUUCAAAUUAUAAUAUAUGAACUGAAUAGUCAUUUUCUGAAUGCAUUAUAAUUAUUAUUUAUACCAAUUUAAAUUAAAUAGCUAUAUCACAAUGUAUUACUUUAGUCUUGAAUAAUCCUAUUGUUAUAAAUUAUCAGAUAUUCUGCUACAUCAACAGGAGAAGAUGAAACAAAUAUUAUUAUAUUCUCAGGAACGGUUUUCAAUGAAAUAAUUAUUUGGAGUCCUUUUAGAAAAUCUAAUGGAUCAAACAUUUUACAUAGAUUACAAAAACACGAAGUAACAUUUCUAGACAAUAUUUUUUUUUUUAUUCAAAUUAUUUUUAUUAAAUUGUGUUAUAUUUUAUAUUCUUAUGUUUUUAAACUAGGGUGUAGUAUUUUCUAUCUCUGUGAAUAAAUGUCAUUCUUUUAUAAUUUCUUCUUCUGAUGACAGAAGUAUUAUCAUCUGGAAUGUCGAACCACCUGCUGAGUUUCAAAAUAUUUAUGAUUAUUGGAACCAUGCAAAGAUCUCAUUCAAUUAUGCAUUAUAUUCACACAAAGCUAGGAUUUGGAAAAGUAUAGUUAUGGAGUCCGGUAAUAUUCUGAGUGCUGGAGAAGUAAGGAUUCAAAUCAAUUUCAUAUAAAUCAGAACUUUGCCAUUUAAUAAGAUUAUAAUUAAAUAUUUUUCAAAUGCAAUGUUUAGGAUGGUCAAAUUUGUCUAAAAACUCCAUCAUUAACUUACCAAUGGGAAGAAAGCAGAGGUUCUCAGGUUCGUAGUUUAGACUACACGGAGAAAAAUAAUUUAGUAGCUAGUGGAUGUACAACUGGGAGUAUUGGAUUAUGUUCACUGAACACUAUACCAAAAAGUGAAAUUUUAGCUGACUAUGCAUCGUCCAAUCAUUAUCCAAAAUACUUGGUGGUAUUAAGUAAUACAGAUACAUAUGUUCUUUACUCUGAUGGACAUGUAGUAUUUUACAAAAACAAUAUCAGUCAUAAUGUCUAUCAGGACGACAUUUUGUGUUGCACAUUAACAAUGGCCAUAUCCCCUUGUAAAACUAAACUUACUUUUACAACUAGUAGUGGAUGUAUAGUUAUUCUAGAAAGUAAACAUUAUUCAUUUGAAACAUAUUUAUUUUAGAUAAUACUUUGGAAUUUAUGUUUUGAUACAUUUUUCAGUUAUGGGUGAAAAAUAUAUUCAAAUAUUUAUAGAUCAAAUUUCUCCAGUUAAAAUUUUAUCUACUAUUUGGUUAAAUUAUAAUCAGAUAAUUUUAAAUUUUGAAGGAAAUAUUAUUCAUCUGUACAAUGUCAUUGAAGGUAAACUUAUAAAUAUAUAUAUAUAUAUAUAUAUGUGUGUACAGCGAAACCUUCCUUAACGGACACCUCUAAAUAGCAGACCCCUCCAAAUAGAAGACAUUUUUUCGGGAACAUCAGGAAUCUCUAAAUAUAGAACACUCUAAAUAACAGACACAUUUUAGAAUAGAUAUUGAUAGUUUUUAUCGUAAAUUAAGAAUAUAAUUUUUCCAUCUAAAUAGUGGACAAAAUUUCAAUGACCGAUAUUUAGAGGUUUCACUGUAUAUAUAAUAUUAAUAUAUUUUAUUAUAAUCUUGAUUGAAAUUUAAGUGUAACUACUAAGUAUUCUUAUGUACUCGUGUACUUAAAGACUUGCAUUUAAGUCUUUUGGAUACAUUUUUAAUCAGUUCAAAGAUGAAUUCUUGGAUAACGGCUGCUACAAUAAUUAAUAAUCUAAUCUUUGUUGGUUGUAAUGAAGGAUCUAUUUGUUUAUUCAAAUUACAUCAAAAGGUACUUACAUUAUUUUAAAAUUGAUUUAAUAGGUAAUUUGGUUUUGCUAUUAUUUUUUGUUUUAUUCUUCACAGUUGAGUGCCUAAUACAAUUUUUAUUUUUACUAUUUAAAACCUAACCUAACCUACAAUUUUAGAAGCCGUUGAAAGUGUUCAGUAAAAUUCAUAGUUUUGCUGGUGUGACUGCAAUAUGGACACAUAAGAAAUUUGAAGAUUUUAUAAUUAUUAGUUCUGUUGGUCGUGAUGGUACUCAUAGGUAUUGGAAAGUUUGUACAGAAUCAGAAACAAUGAUUGACAUACGUUUGGAAAUUUUACCUACCAAAUGGCCUUUCCUAAUAGUUAAUUCUAAUAUUCAUGGAGUAUUGAUUUGUGGUUUUAAAGAAGUGAUAAACUCUAAUGUUAAAUAUUUGUAUCUUGUUUAAAUAAUAUAUUUUUCUCUUAGAGCAACUUAAUUGUCUACAACCCAACCGAACAAACAAUUUUAGCAAAUGUUUUUUGCGGUGGUGGUCAUAGGGCCUGGGGCCUGACUAUUGAUAACAGUUGUAAUUCAAUUUACUUUGUCUGUAGUUCUUCAAAUAAUCAAUUGGAAAGAAAAGAAAUCUCUCUUAAUGGCCAACAUAUGCUUUUGGUAAAUUAAAAGAAUAAUACGUAUAUUUAUAUUUUCGAUACAUAAUUGAUACAUUUAAUUAAAAUAAGAUAUUGUAUAAUAUUAUUGUUAUGUGUUGUUUACGAUCAUAUUAUAUUUUAGAAUGGUUUUCAUUCAAUGAUUAUAAAUUCCAUGGCAGAGGUUAAUGAUGAUAUAAUGGUAACUGUCAGUGAAGAUACUACUGUCCGAUUAACACGAUUUAAUGAUAAAAUUCAUCAUCUGUUGACAAUACGUAGUCAUAUAUCAUCUGUUCGUUCAGUAAUUUGUCUUCCUGUAAAACCAAAUGUGUACAUUAUUGUUACAGUUGGUGCUAGAGCUCAAUUGAAAAUUUGGUCUCUAAAUAUAAUAGAUGAAGGUUAGUAAUAAUUAGAACAGAGGACGUGUAGCUCUAAAAAAAAACAUAAUAUUAUGCAAUCACUUAUGUACUUAAAAACCCUAAAAUAUCCACUAAAAAUAAGUUCUAUAAUUUUUUUUUUUAUUGAUUUAAUAAAAAAAAUUUAGUCAUUUAAAAAAACAUCUAAAAUAAGAAAAACAAUUACCUACUUAAUUGAAUUAUAUAACAUACUAUGAGUGAAUUAAUAUAAAAAAGUACCUUUUUGACUUGAUAAAAUGUGUACUUUUAAUUUGUAUUAAUUAAUUAAAUUAAACAGAUAUUAGUAUAUAACAUUAAAUGAUUUAUAAAUUUGAUUGAUUUUUAAAAAAUAACACUUAAUAUAUUAAUUUAUGAUUUUAUUAAUGAUUUUUCGUUUUGUUAAAUGUUAUUUCUUAAGAAACUGUGGAAAAAAACCCUCAAAAGCAUAAAAAAAAAUCUCUAAGUGUCUAAAAAAGACCUAAAUACACGAUACAAGAUUGUAAAUUUGGCUUUGUUGUAACUUGAAACAAAUAUCGUUCAAACUGGUCUUAUUUUACAACUGCACAAAAUAAAUAUGCAAAUGCUAAAAAUCCUCUGCCCUAGUAAUAAUAAAUGUAUUAUAAUAUUAAAAUGUGUAUUUUCUUUUUUUUUUUAGAUAUUUACUGUGAAAAGUCUGCGUCACAUUUGUUAUAUAGUAUUCAAAAUAAAAAACUAUGGAGGUUACCACCGAAUGAAGGUGAUAUGCGCUUUAUGGAUGUCUGUGUUCAAUAUAUUGCACCAAAAUUAAUUAUCAUUUUUAUUGCAUGUUCAGAUGGGACUAUUAGGUAUGAUUAGUACAUAAAUUGUAUUAAGUAGUAAUUAAUUAUUAUUAUUGUAUUGUAUUUAAAAUAUUAAACUUUAAAAAAUUGCAGGUUAUAUAGAUAUGAUAUAAGUAAUAAAACAUUGAAUUUACUUUUACAAAGUUUAAAUUAUAACUGUUGUAUGUUAAAAAUGUUAAAAAUUCAGAUAAAUAACAAUGAUUAUAUUUUAUCUACUUCUGCCAAAGGAUUAGUAUUUUUUUGGAACAUUUCAGAGUUAAAUUAUGAAAGAUUGGAACAAACAUCAUUAGAUAUAAAACCAGUAUAUCAAUAUAAUUUACAUCAAUCUGGAAUAAACUGUUGUGAUUGGUUAGAAUUAGAAAAUAAAUAUUAUUUACUAGCAACUGGCGGAGAUGACCAAAAUUUAAAGUUAUCGGUUUUUCAAUGUAUUGUUAAUGUAAUAUUCAAAUGUGAUGUUUCUGUUUUUGUUCAUUCUUCUCAAGUAACAGGUAAUUUUUAACUACUUUUAGAUUCUGAGUGGAGCAAAGAAGCUUAUAAUUUUAUAAAAAAAUUUUUUUUUUUUUAUCGUGCGCAACUUUUUUACUAGAGACUUGCUUAGAUUUUGAAGUGUAGUAUUUUUUUCUGAAAGGAAGUCAGUGUAGAGAGGUCAUUUUUUUGAUUUUCUCAUGAAAUGCGAAUACCUAAAAAAAAAAAACAGGAAAAACAGGAAACUGGAAAAAUUGGUACAACGUAAAACAAAUAUUAAAGAAAAUAUAUAAAGCCUAUUUAAUUAUUUUACUAUAAAAUGAAUUAUAUUAUUGACAAAGUAUCAUUAUCAAUUGAACUCCACUCAGAAUCGUUUUUUGUAAGCAAUGGUUUAUCAUUGCUUACAGAUAUACAUUAAAUUAUCUAUAAUAAUGGCUGCUCCCGUCUCCAUUAUCCUAGGACGUUUUUUUUAAACAUAAAUUGCAAUUGAUUUAUAUUUUUAUAAUACCUUUGUAUUGUUUGGAUUAUUUUUAGGUGUUAAAGUUUUCAAUAAAUUUGUUGUAAGUGCUUCUGUAGAUCAGAAUAUAAUAUUUUGUUCAUGGAGUUUUGAUAUGAAAAAUAAAUCUUUAAAAUUAUCACCAUUAACAUCAUAUUUCACUACAGUUCCAGAUAUUCAUGGUUUAAUAGCUCAACAAAUUGAGUAA